GGCGGCGGGAAGGGGUUGCUCGGGCAAUCUAUGUACGGGUCUAGAGGAUCUAUGUACGAGAUACGGCUAGGUGGGCUGUGCCCCACAAGUAUCCGUUGCGACUUCUAUACAUAAAGACCAUGCCAUUUAUUUCUCCAUCAGCCAACCCCAGUUAAAACACCACUACUUCAACGGUGUACCACCUCAAAAACUACUCAUACCAUCUAGUUCAGUACUUGUCUCUCUGAUCUGGUUCUGUUAUAUCAGACGGGCUCUUACCGCUGACGCCUACCGCGUACACCUAAUCCCCACCACAAGAUGUCGACACCAGCAGAUGACUCCUCAGCGGUGCCAGAGUAUGUGCUCUGGCCGUACACCCCCACCAUCGCAGCCGGUGCCAUCGCCGCUGUCGUUAUGUUCAUACUGUUCUUCAUUCACACAUUCCGCCUCGUCAAGAAUAAGACAUGGUUUUGUAUACCGUUCGUCAUUGGAGCUCUGUGUGAAGCUAUAGGUUACUCUGCUCGUGCCGCAGCCCACAACGAUACCGAAGGCAAAACACCGUACAUCAUCCAGUCUACACUCAUUCUCCUGGCGCCCAUCCUCUUCGCCGCUUCCAUCUACAUGAUUCUCGGUCGUCUUAUCCGACGUACGGACUCUGCUGAGUACUCUCUGAUACGGGUCAACUGGUUGACCAAGAUCUUCGUUGGCGGCGACAUUCUGUGCUUCUUAAUUCAAGCCGGUGGUGCUGGUAUGCUCGUCUCAGCCAAUGACAAAGACGGUUUCAAGCGCGGCGAGAACAUCAUCCUCGGUGGACUGAUCCUUCAAAUCCUUAUCUUCGGCUUCUUCGUCGUCGUAGCGAGUAUCUGGCACGUACGACUCCAAAAGGGACCUACAGCUUCAUCCGCGGAUAUCCCGUGGACGAAGCUGAUCUGGUUCUUGUAUGCGGCUAGUGUCUGUAUCACUAUCCGUAACCUUUGCAGGGUUAUUGAAUACGCUAUGGGAAAGGAUGGUUACCUACUUUCGCACGAAUGGCCCAUCUACGUCUACGACUUCCUGCCUAUGAUGAUCACGCUUGUCGUAUGCAUCUGGUGGUACGACCCGAACAUCAAGCCGCGUCCCAAGACCGACAUCGAGUUCGCCCGCCGAUAGGUUGGUCGACGGUAUAUGAGAGCAGGAGGCCGGCCCAAGGGAAGCCUGAUAAUAGAAAUGGAAAUGUACCUACUGGUACAGCAUGUUUGUUUUCUUUGUGUAGCGUUCAGGUUUAUGCGUUUUGAAUAUGGGAAGAGUGCUUCGAAAGCAGUAGCUCAUGGAGACAUCAUGACAAGGAUCGUCGUAGAUACCUUAUAUAGCUUAUGCGGAUC